CCGACUGCGACUGUUCAUGCAAAUUGAGAUUCUAAUUUUGAUUAAGACAGUAAAAAAGCAAAAACGGCAAGGAAACUUCUCAAAUAUACUAAUAUGGUACCAAUUUUUUUUUGUAGUCAAAUCAAUAGCUUAGUAUUGGGGAUGCGUGCAGAUUCAACGACAUUUAAUGAGACCUCGUAACUCGUCACCAAUGAAACAGGUUGUCUUAUCUUUUAAACUUAGUUAGGGAUCAUACGAUUAUAUAUAUAUACUUACGGAAAAAGGAACUCUCACAUGUACCUCACAUGUGAUGUGUGUGUGAUGCCCUCUAUUAUAUAUAUGCAUGUGUUUGUAUAUAAGUUACACUCACAUACACCCACAAACAAGCCCAUUGGAAAGACGUGACUGAGUAGCCAUCAUUGUAGGGGUGAAAGAAUGGCGUCGAGACCAGGUCUUCUCACGGAGUGGCCAUGGACACCUCUUGGAAGCUUUAAGUACUUGGUGUUGGCGCCGCUGGUUAUCGACAGCAUCUACUCGUACGCGACCAUGCGAGAUGUCGAUAAACUUUUGAUAUUGGUGGUAAUGGUGGGGAGGGUUGUUCACAGCCAGAUGUGGAUAAGUUUUGCCCGCUACAAAACUGCGAAAGGAACCAAAAGGAUCGUGAACAAAUCCAUAGAGUUUAAUCAAGUCGACCGAGAACGAACCUGGGACGAUCAGGUCAUCUUCAACACUCUUGUUAUUUACUUAGCCAAAGUGUAUGUAUUAGGAACCAAUACCCUUCCUUUUUGGCGACUCGAUGGAGUGGUUCAAGUCGCUCUCCUCCAUGCGGGCCCGGUUGAGUUCAUCUACUACUGGUUUCACAGAGCCCUUCACCACCACUUCCUCUACUCUCGCUACCAUUCACACCACCACUCCUCUAUCGUCACCGAGCCGAUCACUUCGGUGGUACAUCCGUUUGCGGAGCACAUUGGCUAUACACUAAUCUUGGGGAUACCUCUAGUAACGACUUUGCUUUGCGGCACGGUCUCUGCUGCCUCCGUUACACUCUACAUAACUUACAUAGAUUUCAUGAACAACUUGGGCCACUGCAACUUUGAGCUCAUUCCGAGAUCCUUCUUCUCUCUUUUCCCUCCUAUUAAGUACCUUUGCUACACCCCUUCAUUUCACUCGCUCCACCACACGCAAUUUAGGACGAACUAUUCUCUAUUCAUGCCAAUGUACGACUACAUUUAUGGGACCAACGACAAGUGCAGUGACUCAUUGUACGAAUCAUUGUUGGAGCAAGAAGAAGAGAAGCCGGAAGCAAUCCAUCUCACCCACCUGAUAUCACUGGACUCUAUAUACCAUCUCCGACUUGGCUUCGCUUCUUUCUCCUCGCACCCUCUAUCUUCUCGGUUUUACCUAGUCCUCAUGAAACCCAUCACUCUCAUCAUCUCCUUCGUACUAACUUCUUUCUCUUCUCGAACAUUUGUCUUCGAGAGAAACCGCUUUGGUGAUCUCACCCUUCACUCCCAUCUCCUUCCCAAGUUCUCCUCUCAUUACAAGUCGCAGCAGCAAAAGGAAUCUAUCAACAAAUUGAUAGAGACGGCUAUCCUUGAAGCGGAGAAGAAGGAUGUGAGAGUAAUGAGUUUGGGGCUACUAAACCAGGGAGAAGAAUUAAAUGGGUACGGAGAAAUGUACGUAAGGAAAUAUCCAAAGCUAAAGAUUAAGAUAGUAGAUGGAACCAGUCUUGCAGCUGCGGUUGUGGUUCAUAGUAUUCCUGCUGGCACGAGAGAAGUUCUUUUUCGCGGCCAAAUCACAAAAGUUGCUCGUGCCAUUGUCAUUUCUCUUUGCCAAAGUGGCAUCAAGGUGAUGGUUUUACAUAAGGAAGAGCAUUGCAUGCUAGCCAGAUUCAUUGGUGGGGAUUGCAAGGAAAAUCUGGUCCUCACAACCAAUGACUACCCAAUGAUUUGGUUGGUGGGAGAUGGGCUAAGCAAAAAAGAGCAGAAGCUGGCGAGAAAAAGAACUCUCUUUAUUCCUUACUCUCAGUUUCCUCCUAGAGAACUUCGAAAAAAUUGCUUUUACCAUACUACUCCGGCUAUGACCAUCCCCGACUCUGCCCAAAACAUCGAUUCUUGUGAGAAUUGGCUAGGGAGGAGAGUGAUGAGCGCGUGGAGAGUUGGUGGGAUAGUGCAUGCACUUGAAGGAUGGGAGGAGCACGAGUGUGGUCUUGAAGUUCCAAUGGUUAAUCCUCCAAGAGUUUGGGAAGCUGCUCUUCGAAAUGGUUUCAAACCUCUGGUUUUUCCAUCUUUAGAUGUAGUUUACUGAAGGUUGGUCCCAAAUAGACCGUACUAGAGAAAAAAAAAGAGUCUGUAAGACCAUCUCCAAUGUAUUUCUCUAUUUCUAUCUCUUGAUGAUUUUUAUAAUAAAGAUAUGUUUUGUUUCAAUGUAUUUAUCUAAAAUAGAGAUCUCCGUAUAUAAAACAAAAUAUAGAGAAAUGCUAUUUCUUCCUCUAUUUUACAGGCAAAAAUAGAAAUGGAAAAUAGAGAUGGAUUGAAGUGAUUUUGCUUCUAAAUGCUAUUAUAUAAGCAAAAAUAGAGGUGGGUUGGAGAUGCUCUAAGAUACAACAUAUUGUGUUUGUCAUUUAAGUGGACUGAUACGGCAAGCUUAUAGAACUCGGCCGCUCUUUCUUAUGGAAUUUUCUUUUCUCUUUUGAUAUAAUAAUUUAUAUUAGUUGUUAACGAAAAUAUCAAGUCUUUUUUUUUUUUGUCGUUGGUUAAUUAUGCUAUUACAAACUAUGAGAAAUGUUACAAGACGAUUCUACAACCGGCAAUUCUACCUGCCUUAUGAGGAUUCACGCCUGACUGCAUCAUCCGGAGCCAUCUUAUGAGAUCCAUGCCUGACGGUACUCCUUGCGCCAUGCCGAAGAUCUCCUGUAUGUUUUUCUCCAUAAAUCUGCAUAAUUCGCCUUUGUUGGGAUUUGAAACCCAGACCUCUUGGUGUAGAAGCAUUAAUGAACCAUUACUUAAACCACUGGA